UACCUGGCGCUAUCGACCGGCCUCUGCUUCCUCCCUCUCUCAACCUGUAUCAGAGUCCAAGGCCCUUCACCACCACCCGCCAACGCCGCCGACGCCGCCUCCGCCGCUGCCCAGAACGCGGCACCACGCCCACUGCUACUAGAUCUCCGAAGCUUCUCUGCAAGCCCUGCCGCUACCGACCUUGCCCACUCCCACGCAACCCUCAACUCGCUGCUGAGACGAACUAGGAAGCUCUGCGCUGCAGCUGCGAGAGCCGUUCCCCUUCAAAAUGUCAAUAAAUAUCUGCAAGAGCAGCACGCCCUUACCAUUGCCCGCACCGUCCAGAGGGAACGAGAGCUCGCCCAGGCCCGACUGGAUUCUGACCAUGGUGAUAGUUGGGUCAUGAUCACCCAGACGGGUGAUAUCAACCCUCUACCUCACGAGCACAUCAGACACAGGUCCAAUGCGAAAAUCAGCCUCGACCUGUCUGUACCCAAGGCUUUGCAACAAGGCCGGACCCCAUUCACACAAAAAAGCAGUGAUGGGACGGUAUACAUCACAACGCAACGGGUUAUCUACAUUCCCGCAAGGCCAACCCCCGAGUUCAAGUCGUUUCACGCGCCUAUUCUCAACUGUGUCGACACGUAUGUGGGCUCGCCAUUCUUCGGCGCUUGGUACUGGUCUGCCACCGUCGUGCCGGUCCCUGGAGGCGGCGUACCUGCCGACAUUCCGAGGGUCGAGCUGAAGCUGAGCUUCAAGGAGGGAGGACACAGCGAGUUCAGACAGAGGUUCGAGGAGCUGAAGGAGCGAUUGGAGCACGUCAGGCGACUACAGCAGGAGACGGGACAAACGGUCAACAUCCCGGACGAGCCGCUGCCAGCGUACGAGGCGACGGAGGGCGGAGGCGCCGAAGCAUCGAGCAACCUCGCCCCUCAGCAGCCGGUGAGCAGGUCAGCAAGCUCGGGCAGCCAGAACCGACGACCGGACGAGCCGCCACCAGAUUACGACGAGGCGCAGGCGCAGACGCUCAGCAUGCGACUCGAAGACCACAUUCGCGAGGACCGAAAGCUCCCGACCACCUUUUCCAUCCACCCCAUCUACGACGACAUCACGUCAAGCCAUUGA